CCUCUCUGCCUUUCGCCAUCCUGACGCUCGUGAAUGCCCCGUACAAGCGAGGAUUCUACUGUGGUGAUGACUCCAUCCGGUACCCCUACCGUCCAGACACCAUCACUCAUGGGCUCAUGGCCGGGGUCACCAUCACUACCACCGUCAUCCUUGUCUCAGCCGGAGAAGCCUACCUGGUGUACACGGACCGGCUCUAUUCCCGCUCCAACUUCAACAAUUACCUGGCCGCUGUCUACAAGGUGCUGGGGACAUUCCUGUUUGGGGCUGCAGUGAGCCAGUCCCUCACAGAUCUGGCCAAGUACAUGAUUGGCCGGCUGAGGCCCAACUUCCUGGCAGUGUGUGACCCUGAUUGGAGCCGUGUCAAUUGCUCCGUCUAUGUACAGGUGGAGAAGGUGUGCAGGGGAAGCCCUGCCAACGUCACUGAGUCCAGAUUAUCUUUCUACUCUGGACACUCCUCCUUUGGGAUGUACUGCAUGGUGUUCUUGGCGCUCUAUGUGCAGGCGCGGCUCUGCUGGAAGUGGGCACGGCUGCUGCGGCCCACGGUGCAGUUCUUCCUGGUGGCCUUUGCCCUCUAUGUGGGCUACACCCGCGUAUCUGACCACAAACACCACUGGAGUGAUGUCCUCGUGGGCCUCCUGCAGGGGGCACUGGUGGCCUGCCUCACUGUUCGCUACAUCUCCGACUUCUUCAAAGCCCGGCCCCCACAGCACUGCCUGGAAGAAGGGGAGCUGGAACGGAAGCCUAGCCUGUCACUGACGCUGACCCUGGUAGCAGCACAGACAUGCACUCCUCUCUGCACUCAGAUUCCGCAGCCGUCAUGGCUUCGCCACAUUUGCCAUUUCGCAUGAAGCACUGCAGUGUGUUCUAUGCAGAGUAAGUGCACUGUCCCAGAAGAUCGUGUUGGUUUCCACGUUGUAAUCUCGUCCAUGGUCCCACGUCAGCUUUCACCGCCUGUCCCAGCGGUGUGAAAGGUCUUUUUCCAUUUGAGACCAUCCUGUUCUUCUGGUCUGUUACCGAGACUUACCCUCAUUUUCACAACCCUGAUGGAGUUAAAGUUCAUAGAUGACUCUGACCUGGGUGCCUGUUUCUGCCCAGCUUCCUUCACUUCGGAUGGAUGUUUCUUUCAGUGUUGUAACAUGUGUCAGUACUUCAUUUUUUUUCAUUGUGAUUUAUUAUAUGCAACUUGACAUUUACAGCUUAAACCAUUUGAAGUAUAGAGUUCUAUGGCAUUAACUGCAUUUACAUUGUGUGCAGCUAUCAACACCAUCCAUCUUCAGAACUUUAUUUUCCUCAAGUGGAAUUGUAUCCAUUAAACACUAACUUCCUAUUCUCCUUUUCCCCCUAUUCCCUGACUACAUUCUACUUUCUCUGAAUUUGAUUUCUGCAGGUGCCUCCUAUAAGUGGAAUCAUUUAAUAUUUGUCUUUCUGUGACUGUCUUAUUUCACUUAGCAUGAUGACCUCAGGGUUGAUCCAUGUUGUAGCCGGAGUCAGAAUUUCCUCAGUUUUUAGGCCGAAUAAUAUCUCACUGUGUAUAUAUCACAUUGUGUUUGUCCAUUCAUUCAUUGAUGGACACUUGGGUUGCUGCCACCCCUGGCUACUGUGAAUCGUGCUGCUAUGAAUAUGGGUGCACAAAUGUCUGUUCAAGUCCCU